AUGAAUCAUGAUUUUCAAGCUCUUGCAUUAGAAUCUCGGGGAAUGGGAGAGCUUUUGCCUACCAAAAAAUUUUGGGAACCUGAUGAUUCAACAAAAGAUGGACAAAAAGGCAUAUUUCUUGGGGAUGAUGAAUGGAGAGAGACUGCAUGGGGAACUUCUCACCAUUCAAUGUCCCAGCCCAUUAUGGUACAGAGAAGAUCUGGACAGGGUUUUCAUGGAAACAGUGAAGUAAAUGCAAUAUUGUCUCCUCGAUCAGAAAGUGGAGGCCUUGGUGUGAGCAUGGUAGAAUAUGUAUUAAGUUCUUCUCCUGCUGAUAAAUUGGAUUCUCGAUUUAGGAAGGGAACUUUUGGCACUAGAGAUGCUGAAACAGAUGGACCUGAGAAAGGAGAUCAAAAAGGCAAGGCUUCUCCAUUUGAGGAGGACCAAAACAGAGAUCUUAAGCAAGGAGAUGAUGAUGAUUCUAAAAUAAAUGGCAGAGGUUUGCCAAAUGGAAUGGAUGCCGAUUGCAAAGAUUUUAAUCGUACUCCUGGAAGUCGUCAAGCCUCUCCAACUGAAGUAGUUGAGCGCCUGGGCCCCAAUACUAAUCCCCCAGAAGGAUUGGGGCCUCUUCCUAAUCCUACAACUAACAAACCACUUGUUGAAGAAUUUUCAAAUCCUGAAACUCAGAAUCUGGAUGCCAUGGAACAAGUUGGUCUGGAUUCCUUACAGUUUGACUAUCCUGGUAAUCAGGUACCAAUGGACUCCUCAGGAGCUACUGUAGGCCUUUUUGACUACAAUUCCCAGCAGCAGCUCUUUCAGAGGACUAAUGCACUAACAGUUCAGCAGUUAACUGCAGCUCAGCAGCAGCAGUAUGCAUUAGCCACAGCUCAGCAGCCACAUAUAGCUGGUGUAUUUUCAGCAGGCCUUGCUCCAGCUGCAUUUGUGCCAAAUCCAUAUAUUAUUAGUGCUGCUCCUCCAGGGACUGAUCCAUAUACUGCAGCAGGAUUGGCUGCAGCAGCUACAUUAGCAGGUCCGGCAGUGGUUCCACCUCAGUAUUAUGGUGUUCCGUGGGGGGUGUAUCCAGCCAAUUUAUUUCAGCAGCAAGCUGCAGCUGCGGCAAACAACACAGCAAAUCAACAAGCAGCAUCACAAGCUCAGCCUGGACAGCAACAGGUUCUCCGUGCUGGGGCAGGUCAGCGCCCUCUUACUCCCAAUCAGGGCCAGCAAGGGCAGCAAGCUGAAUCACUUGCAGCAGCAAAUCCAACUUUGGCUUUUGGUCAGGGUCUUGCUACCGGCAUGCCAGGCUAUCAAGUACUAGCUCCAACUGCCUAUUAUGAUCAGACUGGUGCCUUAGUGGUUGGCCCUGGAGCAAGAACUGGCCUUGGAGCUCCAGUUCGGUUAAUGGCUCCAACACCUGUUUUAAUUAGUUCAGCAGCAGCACAAGCUGCAGCGGCAGCAGCAGCUGGAGGAACUGCGAAUAGUCUCACAGGCAGCACAAAUGGUCUGUUCCGGCCAAUUGGCACUCAGCCACCACCGCAGCAGCAGCAGCAGCAGCCGCCAAGCACUAAUCUGCAGUCUAAUUCAUUUUAUGGGAGCACUUCUCUGACUAAUAGCUCCCAGAGCAGUUCUUUAUUUUCUCACGGACCUGGCCAACCUGGAAGUACAUCUCUUGGCUUUGGAAGCAGUAGCUCUCUGGGUGCUGCUAUAGGGUCAGCCCUCAGUGGAUUUGGUUCAUCAGUUGGCAGUUCUGCAAGUAGUAGUGCCACAAGGAGAGAGUCUCUAUCUACUAGCUCUGACUUGUACAAAAGAUCUAGUAGCAGCCUAGCACCCAUAGGGCAACCAUUUUACAAUAGUCUGGGAUUUUCCUCCUCUCCAAGUCCAAUAGGCAUGCCUCUGCCAAGCCAAACUCCAGGACAUUCACUUACGCCACCGCCAUCACUUUCAUCACAUGGAUCCUCAUCCAGUUUGCAUUUAGGAGGACUGACAAAUGGUAGUGGUCGAUAUAUCUCUGCAGCACCUGGAGCAGAAGCAAAAUACCGAAGUGCUUCGGGCACUUCCAGUCUAUUUAGCUCCAGCAGCCAGCUCUUUCCUCCUUCUCGGCUUCGGUAUAAUAGGUCUGAUAUUAUGCCUUCUGGCCGAAGUAGAUUAUUAGAAGAUUUCAGAAACAACCGCUUCCCAAACCUUCAACUUAGAGACUUGAUUGGACACAUAGUUGAGUUUUCUCAAGACCAGCAUGGUUCUAGAUUCAUACAGCAAAAGCUAGAGAGAGCUACUCCAUCUGAGCGACAGAUGGUUUUUAAUGAAAUUCUACAAGCAGCCUAUCAAUUAAUGACAGAUGUUUUUGGCAACUAUGUCAUACAGAAAUUUUUUGAGUUUGGGAGUUUGGAUCAAAAAUUAGCCCUAGCUACUCGUAUUCGUGGUCAUGUUCUACCCUUAGCAUUGCAGAUGUAUGGCUGCCGUGUUAUUCAGAAAGCAUUAGAGUCUAUUUCGUCUGACCAGCAGGUAAUUAGUGAAAUGGUAAAGGAGCUCGAUGGUCAUGUACUCAAAUGUGUGAAAGAUCAAAAUGGAAACCACGUUGUACAAAAGUGUAUUGAAUGUGUUCAGCCACAGUCACUGCAGUUCAUCAUUGAUGCUUUCAAAGGACAAGUAUUUGUACUUUCAACUCAUCCUUAUGGCUGCAGAGUAAUCCAGCGCAUCCUGGAGCAUUGCACUGCAGAGCAGACCUUACCUAUCUUAGAAGAACUCCACCAACAUACGGAGCAGUUGGUACAGGAUCAGUAUGGCAAUUAUGUUAUUCAGCAUGUACUGGAACAUGGUCGACCUGAAGACAAGAGCAAAAUUGUUUCUGAAAUCCGAGGAAAGGUGUUAGCCUUGAGUCAACACAAAUUUGCCAGCAAUGUAGUAGAAAAGUGUGUUACUCAUGCCUCCCGUGCUGAGAGAGCUUUACUGAUUGAUGAAGUUUGCUGCCAGAAUGAUGGUCCUCACAGUGCCUUAUACACCAUGAUGAAGGACCAGUAUGCCAAUUAUGUCGUUCAGAAGAUGAUUGAUAUGGCUGAACCUGCUCAGAGAAAGAUAAUCGUGCACAAGAUUCGACCUCAUAUUACUACUUUGCGCAAAUAUACAUAUGGAAAGCAUAUACUGGCCAAGUUGGAAAAAUAUUAUUUGAAAAAUAGCCCAGAUCUAGGGCCUAUUGGAGGACCACCAAAUGGAAUGCUGUAA